UUUACGCAUGUCUGUUGACGGAUGUAAACUUCCGGUAUCGAAUUUGCCGGAUGGAAAAAAAAACGUCUGUGAUCACAAAAAUUCACAUUUACUUCUAAUGAGUGGAUUUUAAAAAUAUGUACAGUUUUGAAGAAUACGAUGCAGAUGAUGAAGUUCAUAAAUAUCAGCGCUCGAUAAGAGAUAGAGCCAAUGACAGCAUAAAUGAGUUGAAAGAAUCACUACAUGCAACACCAAGAAGAAACCUUUCUCCUCCUAGAAGUGCAAAGUCUCCUACCCAUGGCUCAGCAAGACAUGGUUCUCCAAUUAAAGCUAAAGAUGAUUUGAUAAAAGCUGUUCAUCCUAGAACAUUGACAUGGCAUGACCUGGAAAAUCGUCCACCAAAAUAUCGAGAUGCUGCUCAACAACUUCGUCAAAUGUUACAAGAUAAGGAGGUCCCAGAAAAAGAGAACUCCAUACCACGUGGACCUCUUCCAACUGCAGAAGAAGCAGCACAGAUAUUACAGAAUCAAGUUGGCUAUACCAAUCAACUUGAAGCGGAAAACAGAUAUAUUAAGGAAGAGUUGGCGGUUUUACAACUAAAAUUAUCAGAAAUACUAGAAGAAAAUAAGAAUCUUCAUCAAGAAUUAAAAACAACAGUUAUACAUGAGAUCAUCAGGGAAGGUGGUGAUAUUAAUAAGUUAACUGGAGCUUUAGAUGACGUUGUUAAAGAUGUUAUUAAUACAGGAAUGUCUCGUACCGACUAUAAAAGAUGGCAAAUUGAACUGGAAAGAUUGAGUUCCUUGCAUGCUGCAAAAACAGAACGGUUAGAAACACAGUUACUACAUGCAAGAAAUGAAGUCCAUAAAUAUGAACAGACUGUUGAAGAUUUGAAAUCUCAGAUUAGAAUGCAUGAUACAAUACCAACACAUGAAAAUGGUUUGAUAGUUAAUACUUUUCUCUCUGAUACACAGAGAAAUUUUCAUCAACAAGCUAUUGAUAGAAUUACAAAAGAGAGAGAUGAAUUAAUGGAACAUUGUAUGAGUUUAAAAACUAGAUUAACAGAUAUGACGAGAAGAGAAGAAGAAGCUUAUCAACAGAUGAAGAAAGGAAUAGAAUUAGUAGAACAAGCUCAAUUAGAACAAACAGAGGCUUUAGUACAGAAAGAACAGUUUGCUGAUGAGUUAAGUAAUAUGAGAGAUAGAUUUGAAGCUCAUGUAACAGAUACACAUCGUAAGAUGGAAAUGGAGAGACAAUCUGCUAGAAAUGAAAAUAAAGCUAUCAUAGAUGAUUUAAAUAAAAAGUUAAAAGAAGUAACAGAACAUUAUACUGUAUUACAACAUGAAAUGGAGAGAACCGAGAGACAGAAAACAUCUUUAUCUAAUGAACUUGAUGAAAUCAAGGCAGAACUUAGAAAAUGUGAUAGAGAAGUUACAAUGAUGUCUGAGAUGUAUAGAACGGAAACAACUAGUACAUCUAUACAUAGAUCAACAGCUGUACAAGAUGCUGCCAAGAUGAGAUGUCAACUUGAUCAAUUACAUAAACAAAAUGAUGAGGAAAAGAGUAGAAAGAAGACAGAAAUUGAUGAAUUACGCAGACGUUUAAAUACCGCUGAAAGAGAAUUAGUAAACGCUAAAGAAGAGUGUAUUCAUCUAACAACUAAUACUCAAGCUUUAGAACGAGAAUUACAUUUAGCCAAACUAUCACGCCACAGUGUAGAACAAGGUAGAAGUGAAGAUAUGAAGGCUGUAUCUAAACAAGCUAAACAACGAGAAAAUGAAUUAAAUAGUGUUAUUGCUGAAAUGGAGGAUAAAAAUUCUCAAGUGCAUGCAGAAAUGGAUACUAUGCUGAAUAAACAGAAUAGACUGAUUCUUAAAUUACGAGAUGAAUGUAGAAAACAGGCCACUCAACUGGAUAAAAUGACCAAAAAACACCGAUCUGAAGUUGGUAAAUUAUCGCGUGAAAAUGAAGAAAUGAGACUGAGAUUAGAACGUAGUGUAGCUAGACUAUCAACAUUAGAUGAUCAAUCAGAUCAACAUGCUCAAGUUCAUGAUAAAAUGUCUGAACGGUUAAAGAUGAUGGAUGAACAUGCCCAACAUCAGUCACAACAGUUAAUUCAGAUUCUCGCCAAACAGACGCGUUUAAUGAGAGAUCGACAGUUAUUAGCUCGUGAAUUAGACUUUUUACGAUCACAGAUUGGUCAGUUAGAUAAAUAUAAUACAGUUAAACUGAGUUCAUCUUGUGUUGCCUUGGUAAAUGAAAUAUUGGAUGGUAUCAGUAAAGAAGAAAGACUUGGUGGUGGAUUAACAAUCGACUCAGAAUUUAUUCGACCAACAGCUUCCUCAGAUCAAGUUGAUAUUGAUGAAUUAAUGUAAAAGUUAAAAGAGAAAAAUUAAUUUAAAUUAAGAGUAACUAUUUACGUUGAAUGAAGAUGAUCAAUAAGGCAAUGUUUUACUGUUUUAACACCAGACAUUCCAUGGAGUUUAUUUCACAAAUUUAAAUCCUGUUGAAAUUAUGGCUAAUGAAAACAGGCAUAUGCCAUACAGUGGUGUGCUGUAAGGGAAAGUUUGUCAGGACAGCGGUGCUACAGACUACUCUUUUUUUCGGAUUCCAACUGUCAAGAGUUGUUUUAUGUGCACUCAAUAUGUACUCAUGACCUGGGUUUUUCAUACCAUCCGAACAACUAUGUCCCUUGUUAGACCCUCCAUCUUACACCACUGACAAGGGGUGACACUAUGAAGUAGGACACAUUUAUUUCCCCUCAUUUCAGUACCUAUGAAGAUAGUACCAGCUAUUUAUAGAUAAUUCUUUCUCCGAUUUCUCUGUCAUGGAAGCAGGUGUUAGACACCUACAAGCAAUCUUAUACAUGUAUCUGCCCUUUUACAUGCCAAUAGAAUCAAUAAAAAAGCUUUGAGUUUUUGACAGAUUUUGCUUGAUAUUGAUAAUUUUAUGAUGGACAGAUAAGAAUGCAAAUAGCUUGAUCUUUCACUAGGACAAUUCACAAAAGCACUGUUUUAAUCUGGGAUUCUGUUUCCAAAUUUUGCAUGUAGGCAUUUAUAGUUGGGGUUAAAAGAGGCCAGAGUUAUGUCACCAGAAUUCGUCCACUUCAGUAAAUAUGGUCAUUAAGCUUCCAUUCAUUUAUUGGACUUUAAUUACAAAUAUUUCUUAGGUCAUUAUGUAGCAUAUCGUGUUCUGAAUAAUGUCUAUGAUUAGUAUAAAAAAAGUAAGUGCACCUUGCUAUUUUCCAUAUUUAAUUCUUGUACCUGAAUCAAGUUCAUGUCAGUAACAUUUCUGAAUAAUUACAUUGUACGAUAGAAAAUGAAAUCAAAAUGUUCAUGAUAAGUAAACACUGUUUGUUUUCUUUAUAAAAUGCUAUUUUAAAAUUACAUCGGUUGUUUAAUCACUUGUAAAAAGUCAUGGCCACUUCUGCGUAUUACCAGGUCUGUCAUUUGCUUACUUGAUUUUGACUUGUAUUUCAAUCCAUUUUACUAGUGCUUGAUUAAUGUAAAGGCUGUUGUUAAUGUGUAAUUAAACACAUUGAUCAGAGUAUUAAAGAAAAGCCUUAAAAAAAAAUGAACCAGCUUGCACAAAAAAUAAAUCAGAUUUAUUGUUAAUAUAUUUCACUAAGAUGGCAGUUUGAAACCUGUGUUUAAGUUUAAAAUUUAUUUUUGAACCAAAAAUUUUUUUUUUUAAUAUAAGUAAAUCUGAUUGUGCAUAGUCUCAAACUUUAUUUGGACUCUUUAUUCAGGUAUGUUGAGGUAAACAUAAUUAUUAAAUCCAUACAUUCAGGAUAUAUUUGAAAAUUUUAUUGCAUAAAUAUUUACAAAAUAAAGCAACAUCUAUAAAACCCCUAAAAUAAUGUGUCUAUAUGGUUAUAUCACAAUAUCAGCUCCUUCUUUAAAUAUACAAAAGUGUACUAUAAAUACUCUUAUCUAUACAGUUUUGUCAAAUGAUUUCUAUGUAUAUGUUUAUGAAUGUGUAUAAAUAAGUGAAAUUGCCGUCUAUACUGUGAUAUUUAUUGUAUUUAUGUUUUUAUUUAUUAUAUUCUAUUAUAUACAU